CUCGGCGAUCGGCAGCGGCAGCCACCGCGAUCCCGGCUCGGUCCCUUUCAGUCCCGAAGGAGCGGAGCGGAGGAGCGCCGGUGAGCUGCAGAGAGGCCUACAGAAGAUGACGGAAUACAAGCUUGUCGUCGUUGGGGCUGGUGGUGUGGGCAAGAGCGCGUUGACAAUUCAGCUCAUUCAGAACCAUUUUGUAGAUGAAUACGAUCCUACAAUAGAGGAUUCCUACAGGAAGCAAGUGGUCAUUGAUGGCGAAACCUGCCUCUUGGAUAUUCUGGACACAGCUGGUCAGGAAGAAUACAGUGCAAUGCGCGACCAGUACAUGAGAACGGGCGAGGGUUUUUUGUGUGUAUUUGCCAUAAACAACACCAAAUCGUUUGAAGAUAUUCAUCAUUACAGGGAGCAGAUCAAACGAGUCAAGGACUCCGAAGACGUACCCAUGGUGCUAGUUGGGAACAAAUGUGAUUUGCCUUCCAGGACUGUAGACACGAAGCAGGCUCAGGAUUUAGCAAGAAGUUACGGGAUCCCGUUCAUCGAAACCUCUGCUAAAACACGACAGAGAGUGGAAGAUGCUUUCUACACCUUGGUGCGAGAGAUACAGCAGCACCGAUUGACAAAAGUCAGCACGGAAGAAAAGACUCCUGGGUGUGUGAAAAUUAAAAAAUGCCUUUUAAUGUAACCGGGGUGUGGAUGACGCUUUUUACACAUUAGUCCGAGAGAUCCGAAAGCACAAAGAGAAGAUGAGCAAAAACGGCAAAAAGAAGAAAAAGAAGUCCAAGACGAAAUGUAUAAUCCUGUAAAACAAACAACAAAAUACUGUCCAUCCUUUACCCGUCAAGAGUCCCGACUCAUUUUUCUACCCGUCACACUAAAUUAUUAGAACGAACGUUUUUAACAUCACUUCUUCUUCCGCCGCGUUGUUUCUUGAACCUGCCAACCACGGCUUAUUUUCCUCACAGUAGGAAAAAAAAAAAAAAGUGCCGAAUCAUCCUGGGAAGCUAGUUCUCCCAACUUCUCCACGCUUGUGAAACAAAGCAACAGAUCCUCCCGAAAGUUCUUCUUCAGAGUGUCUCGGUGCACGCAGAAUCUUCUCAUGGUCUUCUGGCUUGCUUCCAUUUUGUUUUCCUUUUGCCCAGAACGUUGAGCCUUCUCUGGACUUUUGAGGACCAGCCUUAGAGCUAAAUGGAGGCUGGAAACAUCGGUUAUGGUAGCAAAUAAACAUUGUUUUUUCUUCUCUGGA